UUCCUUCCUUCCCCUCCUCCUCCCUCCGAUCCAGAGGCAUCGAUCAUAUCCUACCUAGACGACGCGCGCACUAAUUGCAGCAGCCCCGCCAAGCACCGUGCCGCCCUCCGCCCGCCAUGAGAAAAGCCACCAUCUUUCUCAUGGCGCUCGCCGCCCUCGCCCUUACAACCGCCGCUCCGCUGCAAGCGCCGGCGCCGGCGCCUCCGCUCAGGAGAAGCCGCUUCCUCGCCAGCGCCAACUUCCCGCCGCCGGCGUCCUUCUACGACUGCAGCAAGAAGCCGCCGUCCAUCUGCCUGGAGCCCGGGAGCCCUGGCGCGACGUGCUGCAGGGGCACCUGCGUCGACACCGAGCACAGCUUCCAGCACUGCGGCAGCUGCAACAAGACGUGCAGAUACACCCAGACCUGCUGCGAGGGCAAAUGCGUCAACACCUUCACCGACAAGAAGAACUGCGGCGGCUGCGGCGUCAGGUGCAGAACCAGGUGCACCAACGGCUACUGCGACUACGCGGCGUGACCAGACGCGCGCGCAUUUAAUUAUGCGAUAUGAUUUCGAUGCAUGGAGAAAUAAAAAUGGCAGUAUGUAUACGUAUAUACUACGUCGUCUAAGUUUCUAUUGUUAUUGUUGUUGUUCAAAAGAGCAUUUCCAUUGUUGCUGAUGAUCGAGCUCCUGCUAUGCUCCUGCUAUAGCUACGGUAUUUAAUUUAUACCACCACACCAAUACAUAUAUACUACACAAGAAAAAAGGCCGGGUCGGGACAAGAUUAUUAUUAUUAUCCAAACAAUCAACUGCUGCUUGUUA